AUGGCUAAAAACGACAAAUGGUGGGCUCCGCCCCGUCCCGCCGGGAGGGAGGAUCGCGGCCAGCCGGAGCGAGCGAGCGAGCGCCGGAGCCCCGCAGCCCCGCGCCGCGCCGCCCAGGCAAAGGGGCCCCGGGGCGCCCGGCGGAGCUCCCCGCAGCGGCAGCCGGGGCCCCCCCGCGUCCCGCCCGGCCGGCCGGCAGCGCGCUCCGGGGGCUGCCGCCAGCGCCGAGCCCCGCAGCCCCCCGGGGGCCGCCUCUCCCGGCCGCGGGAGUCGCUGUCGCGUUGCCCGCGGAGCUCCGGGCGGGCCCGGGCGGCCGAGGAGGAGGAGGCGGAGGAGGAGGCGGCGGUGUGGGAGGCAGCUGCAGGUCGGUGCCGGUGCCGUCUCCGUGUCCAUGUGAGGAUUCCCUGGAAGGGCCGAUGCUUCCCGAGGCUUUGGGAUCCCCCUCCCCUGCCAUUCCACCAGCUGAAGAUUCCCGGAUUUUCCCAUGAACCAUCUCCCACCUCGGGAAAACAGAGUGCGGAGAAGCGGCGCCGGGAGCAGGAGCACCGGUACCUGGAGGAGCUGGCGGAGCUGCUCUCGGCCAACAUCCGAGACAUCGACACCCUCAGCGUCAAACCCGAGAAAUCCAAGAUCCUCCGCAAAACCGUCGACCAGAUCCAGCAGAUGAAGAGGCUGGAGCAAGAGAAAACAACGGAUGACGAAGUGCAGAAAUCCGACAUCUCCUCCAGCAGCCAAGGGGUGAUCGAGAAGGAAUCCCUGGGACCUCUUCUCCUGGAGGCUCUGGAUGGUUUUUUCUUCGUGGUGAACCGGGAGGGCCGGAUGGUGUUCGUGUCGGAGAACGUGACGGGGUACCUGGGCUAUCAGCAGGAGGAGCUGAUGAACAGCAGCGUUUACAGCAUCCUGCACGUCGGCGACCACGCCGAGUUCGUCAAGAACCUGCUCCCCAAAUCCCUCGUGAACGGCGUGCCGUGGCCUCAGGAGUCGGGCCGGCGGAACAGCCACACCUUCAGCUGCCGGAUGCUGAUCCGGCCCCCGGACGAGGCGGGCUCGGAGAACCAGGAAUUGCGGCAGCGCUACGAGGUGAUGCAGUGCUUCACCGUGUCCCAGCCCAGGGCAUUCCGCGAGGAGGGGGAAGAUUUCCAGUCGUGCCUGAUCUGCAUCGCCAGGCGCCUGCCCCGCCCCCCGGCCGUGGCCCCUCCGGAAUCCUUCGUCACCAAGCAGGACACCACGGGGAAGAUCAUCUCCAUCGACACGAGCUCUCUGCGCGCCGCGGGCCGCACGGGCUGGGAGGACCUGGUGCGGAAAUGCAUUUACGCCUUCUUCCAGCCCCAGGGCAGGGAGCCCUCCUACGCCAAGCAGCUCUUCCAGGAAGUGAUGACCCGCGGCGCCGCCUUCAGCCCCUCGUACCGGUUCACGCUGAGCGAUGGCACCGUGCUGAGCGCCCACACCAAGUGCAAGCUCUGCUACCCCUCCAGCCCCGAGCUGCAGCCCUUCAUCAUGGGCAUCCACGUCAUCGACAGGUACCUUCCCCUUCCCGCCUCUGGAAUCGCCUCAUCCCGGCUUUUCCUGCUCCGGAGGGACCCGUUGGGCUCCCAAACCCAAACCCCCACAACCUGAGCUCUGGAAGCCUUGGGAGACCCUCCCAGUACCCAGCUUUUCCCAAAAUCCAUCCUAAACCCGCCCUCCAGCUGCUCCCUCCGAUCCCACACAUGGAUCUGUGUCCAUCCUCUUCCCACUCCCGGGAAUUUGUAUCUGGCUCUCCAGCACCGCCCAUCGGAUUCCCAAAUUCCCUCCCCUCUCCCUGAGCUCUGGAAGCCUUGGGAGACCCUCCCAGUGCCCAACUUUUCCCAAAAUCCAUCCUAAACCUGCCCUCCAGCUGCUCCCUCUGAUCCUACACGGAUCUGUGUCCAUCCAUUUCCCACUCCCGGGAAUUUGUAUCCGACUCUCUGGCACCGCCCGUCGGAUUCCCAAACCCUCCCUCAGCCCCCCGAGCUGUGGAAGCCUUGGGAGACCAUCUGGAGACCUUGGGAGCCCAACUUU